CUGAUAAUGCUACUUGCGGGCGCUCUCUGAUUGAAUCAGCAAAAAUGGAAGAAGUCGUAGUUUCCGACGAAGAUUUAAAGAACGCUCAAUGUAACUACGUCGAAGAGUUUUCUACUGGCAACGUCGAUUCAAACACUCAGUUUCGAUAUGCUUACUGUCUCGUUCACAGCCCAGCUAAAUCUGACAUUUUAAAAGGUUUAGACCUUCUACGAGGGUUAUGCCACAGCGGGACAGAUCAAAGAGACUAUCUGUACUACCUAGCAGUAGGGAACUAUAAACUAAAUGAAUACAAGACAGCUUUAAAGUACACAAGCAGAAUAUUACAAAUAGAACCAAACAAUAGACAAGCCUUGACUUUGGAUCAAAAGAUUAAAAGCCAGAUGCAAAAAGAUGGUUUGCUUGGUCUCGGCAUAGUGGGAAGUGCUAUAGUGGUUGGCGGUGCUGCUCUCCUUGUUGGGCUUCUUUCAAGGAAAAAAUGAAUUAAUGGGAAAAUCCACAAUUCCAUCACGGCAUAUAAUAUUCGAACUUCCAAAGCAAAGAAAAGCUUUUCUUUAAAAAAUGUCUAUUAGUUUACAAUUAGCAGAUAUUAGAGUUACACUCGAUAAUGGCCGCAAACGGUUGUUUCAAGUGGAGGCAUUUGGUUCAAAAAAUAUAUACAAUAAAAUGCAUGGAAACUGA